AGCCGCAAAGAUUAAUCAUCACUAAUGAGACCGGAUACUGCCUUGUUUUACUGCUUUCACGAAAUUUUAUGACCUCUUCAAUGUUUGACAAAACGAUCUAAGUUCUUAAAUUCAUCUCAUUGUUCAAUAAAUGCUCAGGCAUUUUUUCGAACUAUAUUAGAGAAAAGUUCACCCCCUUUUCUUUGUGCUUCGGCAUGAUCUUCAAAGGGAGUCUGAUUGUAGUACCUCCAUAACUAAUCGAUAGAUGGCGAUAGUGCAUUCCGAUCCGAAGCCUACGUUUUUUCCCGAAGUGAGUGAACAUUAUCCGCCUACGGAUGUUCAAUCCAUCUCCCACGUUUCUUAACCAGUUAAUUUGUUCAUUUCUCUUCCUCUUCUCUUUCUUCUUUAAAAUCUACUUUCUCUGGAGCGAUUCUGCUCUUCAAUUCCUCUUAAUCCCGGAUCUUUUAAAAGAAGAAAUAUUUCCUGUUUUUGUUUCUUUAUGCCUCUCUAUCAAGUAAUGCGAAGGUUUUAUUCUAGAAUCAGCGAUUUCAUAGUUCUCUUUGAGGAAGUUGUUUUCUCCGUGUUGUAACAUUUCUAGCGGUGAAACAAUAUUUACAGCAUACUUCUCCGGAGGGUUGCAAUGUUACUCACUCGAUGUAGGGUGUUAUCAAUGAAGCUGGUGCAGUACAAUCUGAAUUAUGGAAAAUUGAGGUUUAGCUAUGGUAUCCUUUGUAAGACAUGGAAACUACUUUGAAGUUGCAAUGAAACUUUUUGAAAGUUUAUCAGAUACAGAUGACAUUGGUUAAAGUUUUUGUUACUAACAUUAAAUGUGGUACAGAAAAGUUUUUAAGGCCUGUGAGGUGCAAUUGAUCUGCAUUUAAUUUAAUUUUUUGCAGGUCAUGGAACGAUGUGAUAGUCAUGUUAUUAUAAAAGGUAGUAAUGUGAAAUCAAACUCUGACACAUUAGAUAAAUUAAAUGAUGAAUCAAAAAGAUGUUCCCGAUACUCUGUACCAUGUGACAGCAACAGUCAAUGUCAUAACAUCGAAUAUAGUGAGGAUUUAUAUUGCAAUAAAAGAACUCACACUGGUAAAAAUCCUUACAAUAUGCCGAAUGAACUGUACAUUAGUUUAAACUCUGAGUCAACUCAAACUUCGAAAGUUGGUACAAAAACAAAUCAGCUGGAGUUUUUUGCCUCAAGUUGUCGAUCAACUCCUGCCAGCCCUGAAGAAACAGAGAGAGUUAGAAACAAACAAGUGAAGAAAGAGUUGCCUUCUUUUCAUAGUCCUACUAUUGAGAAGAAACUGCCUUUUAGUUAUUCCACUAGUUUUGUAAGAACUUCAAAAAGUGAAGAUCAUCUUCAAAAAUCAUCGUUAACCACCGUCAAUAUUGAUAUUGAGGAUGAGCUGGCAUCAUCACUUGAUACAUUAUUAGAUACCAAAGCCGAUGAAUUUAUUGAGUUAGAUAAAGAUGAAUGCUUAGGUAAUUCUUGUCCUGGUGACGUGUCGCUUGGAUCUAGGAAUUCUGAUGAGCAACAAAAUUCUAGAAAAAGUGAUUUAUCAGGAAGUUCAAGUGAUAGAACAGGUUCUAAGGCUAGUGUUAAGGUAGGGGAAAAUAAAUCUUCCAGACAUCAUCCUGCUGAUUCUUUGAGUGAAUCAUCUGGUUCUGAAAUUAUUCCAUCUGACUCGUCAGUUACCAUUCGCGGAGAUAGUGAAGAUAGUGGUGAUGGUGAAUGCACUAGUGAACAGAUAUCUGCAAUUAGCAGUUUGGAUGAUGUUACAGAUUUAUCAAAAGCAACAGAUUCGGAUUUAGGGUCUCCCGUAGAAAGCUUAUCACCCGAAGAUAUACAUCUAGAUGAUGGUUGGAUUGAGGCUGAUAAAAAAGAAAAUGGCUUGGAUGUGUUUCAGGACAUAACUAACAAAGGCAAAGGAUUGCACAAAACUAAUAAACAAGUACUAUCUAAUAUAGAGCUCAAUUUAACGUGCAAUUAUUCUGAGAAAAACAAGUUACAGCCACCUACUUCAAUUUUUUCAUCUGACAAGUCGCCAACUUCUUUCAGUAGCUCACUUUCAGUGCCAAAAGUGCAAGAAGAAAAGCUUGACUUAAGUGAUAGUCCCACAUCUCCUGGAUCAGAAGGUACAUUUGCAGAUCUCUCAUAUCAUGAGUUGACUGAGAGUUAUGAUGAAAUAUCAUCUGCUUUUGAAGCUGAUGAUGUAAUUGAGCCUUCAACGAAACGAAGCGAAUCUCCACCAACUGAUGAUGAAUCAGACAUCGAAAGUUUGCACAGUUUUCAUUAUAGUCCAAAGGCUGUGGAUCUACCUUCUGCUAUUCGAUUAGCGAAGAGACUAUACAGCUUAGAUGGAUUUAAGAAAACAGAUGUGUCAAGGCAUCUUUCAAAAAACAAUGAGUUCAGUAAGGCUGUUGCAGAAGAAUACUUGAAAUUCUUUGACUUCACCAAAGAUGGCUUAGAUAUUGCAUUAAGAAAAUUUCUAAAUCAGUUUUGUUUAGUUGGGGAAACACAAGAACGUGAAAGAGUACUUGUCCACUUCUCUAAACGGUAUUUGGAUUGCAACCCCAACUCAUUUAAAUCACAAGAUGCUGUUCAUACUUUGACUUGUGCUUUAAUGUUAUUGAACUCAGACUUACAUGGAGAGAAUAUACGGCAUAAAAUGGUAUGUGGAGAGUUUAUUGAAAAUCUAGCAGAACUCAAUGAUGGGGAAAAUUAUCCUAGAGAUGUUUUGAAAACUUUGUACCAUUCAAUUAAAACACAUCCACUUGAAUGGGCUUUGGAUGAGGAAGAUGACAAGAAAAUCUCGUCGAAAGUAAAAAACUCAUCAAAUGACUAUAGACAGAGCUUUGUUUGUCAUAAUCCGUUUUUAGAAGUUCCAAACCCAACCUGUGCUACUGAAUAUAAAAAAGGUUAUGUGAUGCGUAAAAGUUGUAUAGAUGCUAGUGGUAAAAAGACUCCUUUGGGGAGAAGAAGCUGGAAAAUGUUGUAUGCUACUUUAAGAGAUUUAGUUUUAUACCUUCACAAGGAUGAGCAUGGAUUCAAGAAAAAUCAGUUGUAUGAUAGUCUCCAUAACUCCAUUCGUAUUCAUCAUGCUUAUGCGGAGAAAGCUGUAGAUUAUACUAAAAAGCAGUAUGUUUUCAGAUUGCACACAGCAGAACAGGCUGUUUAUCUUUUUCAAACUAGUGAUUCAAAAGAACUUGAAAGUUGGGUUGAUACCAUUAAUUUAGUAGCUGCUAGUUUAUCAUCACCUCCAUUGCCUAGUGGUGUUGGCUGCCAACGAAAAUUUCAGAGGCCUUUGUUACCAGUUAGUCACACCAAAUUGAACUUGCGAGAGCAACUUCAAGAUCAUGAGAAUAGAAUUGUGUGGUUAGAGAAGGAAUACGAGGAACUUGUUACUAGAACACCUGAGAAAACUUUAAAAGCUCGAUUUGCUCAAGAGUUUUUGGAAAAAGAAGCACAUUUGACAAAUGAACUAACAAGAUAUCGAACAUAUGCUUAUCUUCUGAGAACUAGAAUGGCUCAACAUCCUGAGUUGGAAACACCUCUAGUCCAAACAAGUAUUGGAGAAGUGGAAGAACCAGAUCCAAAUAACAGUCCCAAGGCUAAAUCUAAGUUUAGUAUUAGUCCCAAGUCUUCACCUGUAAAAAAGAGUGUAGUAGCCAGUUCUACGAUAACAAGUGAUUGCAAUAGUGUUCAAGAAAAAUAGGCUUUAAAACUCCCUAAGAUCUGUGAUUGAUUUUCUUAUGAAAUGUUUCAAUGAAAAAAAAGAAGAAACUGAAGACUGUAUUCACCUAACUAUGGAUUCACAUUCAAUCUUUGUUGAAAGUGCAAUCAAUUCCUAGCGCUUGAAUUUCAAAUUUCAUGUGUAAAUUUUGCAUCUCAUAUGACUGUUUUCAUGGAAUCCAAUGAACGUCUCUCAGGGCUUGAUUAUCUAAAGGUACUAGGACCUUGGUCACUUUCUUUCUUUCUUUUUUUUUAAAAAUCUUUUUAUCUCUUAGACUUCAAGGAAAAUAACUGUAGGAUGAUUUCUAUUUUUUAAUUUUAGUGCAUUAUUUAUUAGAUUUUCUUGAUAAAUGUAAACUUAAAACGUCUAACCUAUAAAUAAAGAUACUUUGUCGAAAAUCCCAAUAAAAGACUCAAAAUUUGCCUCUAAGCUCUAGACCUAAAUUAUUCAUAGUCAGGCUCUGAGGCCAUUUGGAAUUUUUCAUAAAAUUGGUGCUCAACUACGAUUGCUUAUCAUUGUACAGAUCUAUCAUAAAAAAGUCUACAUAGAUUUUUAUGGUGCCAACAUUCCAGUUGCGACUUAUUUACCAAAAGUUUUUGUUUGUUUGUGUUAGUUUUUGUAUGAUUCUAGAAAUAAGUCAAAUGUGAUGUUUAUGGUCUAAUUUUUCCAGUAUUUUUUCUUCCUGAGGGAAGAGAAGGUUUUAAUAAUAGUUAUUUAUUAACAGAGUACUUUAUAUUAGGAAAAAUAAAUAAUUGUGCAUUUUCCUUUUUAAUAGAUUUUCACUACAUGUUUAUAUUUAAGUACAUCUAAGUCUGUAAAACACUUUGUAAAAAUAUAAAGGUCUGAUAGUUUUGUAUAUAUUUAUAUUUAAUAAUUAUAAUGUACAAUAUGAAAUGAAACUAAUCAGAAGUGUAGUAUAACGAUAAUUUCUAAAAGUUAGUUUGAAGCAAAAAUAUAGCAAAAAGUCCAAUUACGAGUAUCAAAAUGUAAUUUGCUGAACUAAGAGAUGAUUCUAUCAUGUAUUUACUUCAUGCUGUUCUGUUCAUAGUAAUUUAACUCCGAUUAAAAUAAGAAUGAUUUUUGUUAAGUUAAUUUAAUUAACUACUAGUAAAUCUUAUUUAUUUUAGAUUGCGAAGUUAAGAUUUUUGGAGGAAUACUCAUUUUUCUUUCUACUUCAUUUUUGGUCCUGCAAAAACUUCUUUUUUGUUUGAUAAAUGUUUUUUUAUAUUUCUAUGAUAAAUUUUUUUGUGAAAUACUAUACAUUAAUAGAAGACUCUCUAUGUGUUCAAGCAAUUGUAUAUAGAAUGAGAUUUUAGAUCAAAGACUGGAAAAUUGCAGUAAUUGUUAUUUUGACUAUAAAAUUUUUUUUCUUCACACUUUAUGAAUUAUCAGCAAUAAAACUUUAAUGAAGGUUAUGGGGAGUAUUAAAAAACACUUAUCAGUUUAAGAGUUGGUUUAUUUAUCCAAAUAUCCAAUUUUGUGACUUUAAAAUUAUAAUAACGAAAGUGUUCCCAACUAUGUAAUUCUUUGAUUUUGCGAUUUCUUUGAAAAAAUGAUAAUAAAACUAUGUUUAUA